AUGGUGGCAAAUACCAGUACAGACCCCGAGAAGACCGACGGGGAGCUCGCAGAUCAGUAUGGAUACAAAAAGGAUUUUCGGACAGCACUCCCGCAGUUCAUAGCCGUUAGCGUCAAGAACUUGUUAUUGCUUGGUUAUGGCAUGACACUCGGUUUCCCGACAAUUCUCAUACCUGCAGUGAGUCAACCAAUAGAAGAAGAAGUAUUAAGUCUGUACCCUUCACAAGUAGCUUGGAUUAGUUCAAUCAACUUAAUAGUGGUCCCAGUGGGCUGCGCAUUGUCCGGCGCGGUGACCGCUCCGAUGGGCCGGCGGCGCGCGAUGCAGUUCGUGAACCUACCCUUCCUCGUAGCUUGGCUCAUGUUCCAUUUUUCUACCACUCCAGGGCAUUUAUAUGGAGCUCUGUUCCUCACUGGGUUGGCGGGAGGACUUCUUGAAGCUCCGGUGUUAACAUACGUGGCUGAGAUAACACAGCCGCACCUCCGGGGAGCGUUCACCGCCACCAGCUCCAUGUGUAUUAUCAUUGGCGUGUUCACGCAGUUCCUCUUCGGCCUGCUCAUGUACUGGCGCACCAUGGCACUGGUUAACAUCACAUUUACGAUCCUUGCGGUGAUCGCCCUGUUCUUUGUACCCGAGUCUCCGCACUGGCUUGUAUCGCGGAGACGAUACGAUGAAGCGAAGUCGAGUCUGCAAUGGCUUCGUGGAUGGACUCACUCCAGUGCCGUAGAGAGAGAACUACGAGACAUCCAGGCAUUAUAUAAAAACAAAAAAGUGCAAUCAGAGGAUUCGGAUGAAACUAUUAGAGAAAAAUUAUCGUAUUACCUCGAGAGAACAUUUUUGUUUCCAUUCUUUCUCGUUAGUUACUGCUUCUUCAUUGGGCAUUUCAGCGGAAUGACUACGUUACAGACGUACGCGGUGUCCAUAUUCCAGAUGUUAGAAGCUCCGAUAGACAAAUACUAUGCCACGUUGAUCCUGGGCAUCGUGCAAAUAUUGGGCUCCGGGGCGUGUGUAGCGCUGGUACACUACACGGGGAAACGUCCCUUGGCUGUGUUCUCCACGGCGGGCGCGGGGAUCUGUUGCGUACUCGUAGCGGCGUACGACGGUUACAUACAAGUGCAUAGUGUUUCGGCGGAAUCUAUUGCUGACACUGAUGUGAACGGAACUCUUGAUAGUGACAUAGCAAGAAGUAUAAUGUCGGGCUACUCGUGGAUCCCCACAAGCCUCCUUUUGAUGCUCGCCUUCAUCACACACACGGGGAUCAGGUUACUGCCUUGGAUUCUUAUUGGUGAGGUAUUCAGCGCAAAGACGCGAUCAGGAGGUGCCGGCCUCGCCAGUGGUGCCGGCUACAUAUUCGGCUUCCUAACCAACAGGUUGUAUGUUGCCUUAUUGGACAGCAUAUCAAUCCGUGGCACGUAUGGUCUCUAUGGUGCAGUAAGCUUAACUGGGUGUUUGGUGUUGUACUUUAUUCUGCCGGAAACUGAAGGAAAAGAGUUGGGUGAUAUAGAAAAUCACUUCGCAGGAAUUAAGAAGCUUGGCAACGAGGUUUAUAAACCUCCGAAAAAAUCGAAGGAAGUGUCAAUGUCUCAUCUCAAAGGUGCCCGCAACCCGACAUUUGAGGGCGAUGAUACGCACAUGUAAUAAUUGUAUUAGUUGUAGAGAUUGUUUUUAUCGAGAUUACAGAAAUUAAAGCCU